AUGUCGAAAUGGGGCAAGCCUUCGCCAAUAUCCAAGCGCAAUGCUCCUAUCUACUUCAGUCGUUCCAAUGACGGAGAUUCAUCUCACAAAUUGGAGAGCGAUAGACUAACGACCAGCUCUGCAGGCUUCGGGUCCAACACCUCCACCACCGGCUCUCUUUUUGGCAGCAAGCCAGCGUCCAAUCCCUUCGGCUCGACAGCCUCCAAUACAGGCGGGGGACUUUUCGGCAGCUCAACAACCAACACUGGCGGAUUUGGCUCAGGAGGUGGUUUUGGAGGUAGCACCACGAACAAUGCAUUCGGCGGCAACACCGGUAGUUCGGGCUUUAGCUUUGGUGCGGCAAAGCCUGCGUUCGGCUCGACUACCAAUUCUACCCCGUUGUUUGGCCAGGGCGGCUCAGGAACAACUGGCGGCUUUGGUUCAUCUUCAAGCCCCUUUGGCGCUGCGGGUAGCGGAACUGCUCUGAGCAAUCAGUCCGUCCCUCCCUCAGAAGGCACAGCCUCGACGCCGUAUGCGCCGACCUUGGAGAAAGAAGCCGCAGGGGUGUCGAGCAAUUACCAGAGCAUCAACUUCAUGCCACCAUACCAGAAAUACUCAUUUGAAGAGCUGCGACUGGCAGACUACAAUGCAGGUCGUCGUUACGGGAACAACACAGGCCAGGCCGGUGGAUUUGGGACGAACAGUUUUGGUGGCUUCGGAUCAAGCAACACCGGUGGGUUUGGCGGCAACACCAACUCUAAUCCAUUCGGCGCUGCGGCCACCACCUCGUCGGGCUUUGGAGCCAAUACCUCAACGACGGGUUUCGGGAGUGGUGGCCUGUUUGGGAGCAAACCUGCUGGUGGCGGCUUGUUCGGCCAGCAGUCUUCGGCAGCUCCCUCAGGCGGCCUCUUUGGAACCUCGAACAAUACGUCAACCAAUGCUUUUGGAGGCGGGAGCAGCACCGGCUUUGGAUCCGGCGGAGGACUCUUUGGGAAUAACAACAACCAGAGUCAGCAGAAGCCUAGUUUGUUUGGCACCAACACUGGCAAUACCGGCUCGACGUUUUCUUUUGGCAAUACCAACACGUCCACCACGGGCACAGGCGGCGGCUUAUUCGGCACCAACACCAACAACUCUACCACGGGUGCAUUUGGUGGAAAUCAGCAGCAGUCUGGAGGGCUUUUUGGAACCAACAACACCCAGCAGAAGCCUUCGCUUUUCGGCACGAGCACGGGUAGUUUCGGGGCACCGACAAACCAGAACCAAUCUUCCGGGGGCUUGUUUGGAAGCAACACAAAUACCAGCACUGGCGGCGGUCUCUUUGGCAACAAUGCCAAUACGAACACUGGCACUGGUGGUGGCCUGUUCGGAAGCCAACCCAGUACGAACGCUGGUGGAGGUCUCUUUGGGAGCACUUCCAAUAACCAGCAGAAGCCCGGCGGUCUGUUCGGAGGUAGCACGUUCGGCAACACCAACGCUUCGGGUACAGGCACAGGUCUUUUCGGAGGGAAUAAUAACCAGCAGUCAGGUGGCUUAUUCGGAAGUACCAACAACAACACUGGUUCGGGAUUCUCUUUCGGUAACAACGCCAACAAGCCCGCGACUGGCUCGCUUUUCGGGACCAGCACCAACCAGCAACAAGGCGGCUUUGGCAACAGCCUCUUUGCACCGGCCCAGAGCACUCAACAGAAUCAGCAGCAGUCCGAGUUCAAGACAUCGUCCCUGAAUGAUCCCAACCCUUACGGUCAGACGUCCAUCUGGACCGGGCUCCCAGUCCCGAGCCCCGACAACUCCAAGCCACUCUUCACUCCUUUGUCGGCAACCCAGAAAAUGAAAGAGAGUCAAUCCAAGCCACCACCAAGUCUCCGAUUGAACCAGUCUCGCUACAUGACCCCACCUCGUCGCUCGGGCUUCGGAUUCUCGUACUCAACGUAUGGCACCCCCAACAGCGCAGCCAGCACGCCCGGCGGAAGUGGCUUGAGUGGCAGCAUGUACGGCAGCCGGAGCUUCAACGGCGGCAGUUUCGGUCGCUCAUUUGGAAAGAGUGUAUCGGUCAGCAAUCUGCGGUCUCAUUUCAACGCAGAGGGCAAUGGCGUUCUCAGUCCGGAUGCUUUCGCUGCUACCAAUACCAGAUGGUCUGGAGGCAGCAUGCGCCGCCUGACUAUUGAUCGGAGCAUACGAAACGAUCUCUUCAGCCGGCCUUCCUUGCCCGCUUUCCCGACGAAUGGGCUUGACAAGUCAACCAACGGCAAUACCGGACUCGCUCCGACAAAUCUCGACUCAUCAGGUGCGGAGCCGGUGAACAAGCUCAAGAAGCGAGUUAGCUUCGACAAAGAUACCGCGGGUGGCCAGAAUGGCGCCUCGAACGGUGAAGCUGGGGCCCUGGUGGCGGUCGAUGAUGACGAAGACGAGCACGAGCGCAGCAGAAUCACAAAUGGAAGUGCCACACCUGAAGCCGAGCCUGUGCGAGGGAAUGAGCUUGCUGUUGUUCCGGAAGAUCGUGAGUCCAACGAUGUAUCUUCCCGAAAGGUAACUGUGCAGGCCAAGCCCGAUCCUCAACCUGGUGACUACUGGAUGAAGCCCACUCGUGCCGAACUCAGUAAGCUUCCGCGCGACAAGUUGUCACGGUUUGUUGGCUUCGAGGUUGGCCGGAAGGGAUGCGGUAAAGUCGUGUUCAACGGCCCAGUCGACCUGACCAGCAUUCCUCUCGACGAUCUGUACGAGAAAAUUGUCGAGAUCCGUCUCCGUUCAGUCACAGUCUAUCCGGACGCAAGCUCCAAGCCACCAGUUGGCAAGGGGCUGAACGUCCCUUCGACCAUCUCGAUUGAGAACUCGUGGCCACGGGCUCGUGGUCGGCCGUCCUCGGCCACCAGCGGACCUAUCUUUGACAAGCAUGUCAAUCGCCUCAAGAAGAUGAACGGUACUGAAUUCGUGAGCUAUGAUGUGGCCACUGGCGUUUGGACAUUCCGAGUUCCUCAUUACACCCGUUACGGAUUGGAUUACGAUGAGGAUGACGAGUUGGGCCAGAGCCAACUUUCCGCUCCACCCGACUCACUCACAAGCUCUCGGUCUGCAGACGACUCGGGAAUGGACGUUGACAGCGAAGAACAUGAUGAUUACGAGGAUGAAGGUGACGAUGACGACGAUACCUUUGCAUUCAAGCAGAAGACGCUGCCGGGCGGUUAUGGCCGCCAGUCUGCCAUCGAAUACGAGGAUAACGUUCCCUCUGCUCAGGAAGUCGAGGACGGUCCAGCAGAUUCCGGAAUGGAGGAAGACGACUAUGAGGAACAAGACCAGGAUGAAAUGAGCAUGGCUGGUUCGUACCCGCCUCCAGCGGCCAGUCCUGCGAAACCGAUCCUCAAGGCCAGCACCAUGGGCACGCCCGGCAAAGCUCUCAUUAAUAUUGAUGGCGACUGGGCGGAACAGCUCCAGCGUACCAUCAGUCCACGGAAGCAGAAUCGCGACGCACUUCGAGAGGUCCAGAGCAAGGUGCUGCUGGAUCGUGCAUAUGAACCGAUGAAGCCGAGCUCGACGAAAAUAGCGAACAAGAAGGACUUUCGAACCAGCAUCGACAUCAUGCACUCUCUGUUUAGCAGACACGAGGAGAGAAUGGCGGACUUGAAGGGGAGGAAGGGCAAGGCGCAGUCUGAGCCGGAUUUCGAGUUUCCAUAUGCCAAGCGCGCAAAGACCUUCGACGACCAAGCCCAAGCCGACGCGAUCGAACUCGGGGAAGACGACAGGCGCUGGCACGCCAGUUUCAAGCCCCAUUUCACGGCGACAAACCAGCUCAUCUACAAGUCAGAUGGUCUGGCAGGCGAUAACGGCUGGACCACGGAGCUAUUGGCACACAGUGAAGCGACCGGCAAGGACAUUGUGGCUACUUCGCUCCAGGCAGCCAAUCUCGAGAAUGCCGCCAUGGACGCCAAUGCUCUUCUAACGGACGCCCAGGUCUCUGUCAAGGACAACGUCCCUUCCAUCAAACACGAUGUCCUACCAUUCUCGCAAGUCAAAGCUCACUUGGCCCAGCAACUUGGUGGGACCGACGAACUUGACGUCUACGAGCUGCUGCACGUCCUGUUCGAUGACUACGAAGACGAAUUUACCCUCGGUCUGUCCCGCCAGCAGCAGCAAGAGUAUAUGCCGCGGAUUCGGAAAGAUCGACUGUCGAAGUAUCUGGCCGACUUGGUCUGGCGCCGACACGGGGAUCGCAUCAAGGCAGCCUUCAAGAUCAAUGCAGCGACCGCUGCUAUCCUCCAGUUGACCGCGAAGAACGUCCACGCCGCAUGUGAUGCGCUGAUGCAGGAGAAGGACUUCCAUCUCACGUUGCUCGUGGCGCAGAUUGAGCAGGCUGAUGCGGCCUUUCAGGAAGACAUUGCAACUCAGAUCUCCGACUGGCGCGGACAGGCUGUCAUUUCCGAGAUGAGCGAAGAGAUCAGAGCCUUGUACGAGAUCCUCUCCGGAAACACCAGCAUUGCACAGGGCCGGCAGAAUGUUGCCGUCGAAGACCGUGCUUCGACCUUUGCCAUUUCGGAGAAGUUCGAGCUCGAUUGGAUCCAGGCUUUUGCGCUGUGUCUGUGGUAUGGCAAACACAAGAACGGCGACAUCGGUGAGAUUGUGGCGGACUUUCAGAGCAAAUUGAGCUCCAACCUGGAGUCGGCGACCCCGGUGGGCAGCAACGGAUAUGAGGAUCCUCUGUGGGUUGUGCUGAGGCUUUUCGCCGGCAAAAGCAAGGGAAGCCGAGCAAAUGCUGCCGCCGUCAAAGUCGAGAAGCCGGUUCUGCCCCAGGCCUUGUCUGCGCUGUCUCAACCAUGGGACUCCCAGAAGACGUUCCGCCUGUACAACGCCAUCGCCGCAGCGCUGUCCGAUGUCUCUAUUGACCAAGAGAAAGCCAACGCCCUCGCCCUGACGCUGGCCUUUGAGCAUUCGGCCCGUGGGAACAUUAUCGGAGCCGCGUACGCCCUCCUGCACCUUAGCGAUCCGACAAAGCGAGCACGUCAGAUCCAGGAUCUUCUCGACCGCCACGCUGCGAGCCUACCGGCCCCGCCUUUGUCUCAAUCUCAGUCCCAGCCGCUUUGGACCGCUCUUACGAGGGCGUUCCACAUUCCGACCACAUGGGUGUAUCGCUCAAAGGCACUCUACACACGUUCAUGCAACGAAUCGCUCGCAGAACUCCAUUAUCUCGUCCUGGCGACGGACUAUGCCCAAGCUCAUGCGUGUCUGCUCCGCCGCGUCGCGCCACGGUUUGUCAUUGAUGAAGACUGGGCGGGUCUGAGCAACGUGCUCGCGACGUUCGGCGAGGAUGCCGAACAGAAGGUCGAUGCCGCCGUUGCUGCUUCAGCUGAGCAGGACACGACCCCCGAGUGGAAACGGGGAGGAGGCGUCUAUGCGGACUUUGUGGCGCUGAUGGCACUCAUGGGUCCGUCACCCCCAGCUGCAAGACGCGCGUCCAGCCAAGAUGCAACCGAGAAGCGCAAGAACAAGGCCGCGCUGCUUGAACGACUACAAGGCGUGCUGAGGGGAUUGAACGCGCGGUUCGAAUCAAGCAGCUCGGGUUCGGCUUCGGCAUCGGCAUCGGAUUCCAUUUCGCGCACAUUGGACUUGACCAAGGACCGAGAGAAGCUCGAGGAGAGAGUGGCGCUGCGCGAGAUGGGCAAGGCCGUGGCCAGAGUGAUUGAGCUGGAGCAUGGCGGCGGCGUUGCUGACCAGAAAUCCAUCCUCGAGCUACCACUCACCGCGGACGCAAGAUUGGUCCACGCGCGAGCACUGGGUGUGGAAUACUAUCGUGGUGUCAUGGCUGUGGCGCAUUGA